AUGGUUCCACUUGUUUUAGAUGCCGGAGUAGCAGCACCUCCUAUUGGUGCUGGGGUAGAAGCCCCGGGUGAUCCUAGGAUAGAUGGGAUCAUGUGUAUUUUGGAAGUAAUGGAGAAUCGUAUGGAUCAGCAAGUGCAGAACCAAGCCACUGCUCAAGCUACUGCUGCUACAGCACCUGCCGCUGCACUUGCCGUCGCCCCUGCUGAAGUUCUGCCGGGAGUUGUGGCUACUAGGAGGCCAAUCCACCAGUUAGUGGAACCAUUUCUGAAGCUAAAACCGCAGAGGUUCAUGGGUAUCGGAGACCCUGAGGCAGCGUUUCUAUGGAUACAAGAUCUGGAAAAGGCCUUUGCACUUCUGGUGUGCAAUGAAGAGGAGAAGGUGGUACUGGCUAUGUACCAACUUCAAGGUAAUGCUAAUAUUUGGUGGAGAGCCGCCAAGGACACAAUGUUCCCGGAAAGCGUGGCCCAAGUGUGGAACACCUUCCUUGGAGCUUUUAAUGAGCAAUAUUUCUCAAGUACUACUCGUGAACAAAAGAUAGAGAAGUUUCAACAUCUUCACCAAAGGAGCAUGACAGUUCACCAAUAUGGGGUCAAGUUUGCAGAACUAUCACAAUAUGUUCCUAGAUUGAUAGAAGACCUCGAAGAGAAAGCCUGGAAAUUCAGAAGUGGUCUUCGUAGUGAAUUGAAACAACCUCUAUGA